CGUAUGGUAGUGACCAAUGACUUAACUUCACAAACUAUGUAUAAACUAGCAAUACUUAUUUAUACGGUCUUUGUCCAAAAGAAUGGACACCAAAACAGCUUAAACAGAGUCCUUCCCCCACCUCAGUAGACACCCACUGCAAAUGCAGAGAAAAUCUUUGUUGUCACAAAUCUCUCAGCUCAACAAGCUCCAUUUUCGAUUCAAUCGAUACUCCUUCUCCUCUGAAAAAACCCAAAAUCUACCUUUAUUCCCCGACAAAAAUGACGACCCUCUUUACUCAGACGUGCCCAAGCCACGCACAGACAAGUCUGAGCGGAAACCGUACCCGACACCCAUGAAAGAACUGAUUAAAAGAGCCAAGCAAGAGAAAGAAUUAAGAAAAGCCCAACCCUGCAGAUUGCUCGAACAUCCACCAGCCAAUGGGUUGUUGGUCCCCGAACUCGUCGACGUCGCUCACCGAGUCCACCAAGCUCGUGAAUUCCUCCUCUCCGGUUUGUCCAAACUCGUCCGAGUCAUCCCGGUUCAACGCUGCAAAUUUUGUUCUGAGGUUCACAUUGGCAGUGUGGGUCAUGAAAUCCGUACUUGUACUGGUCCAGAAAGCGGUUCUAGGAGUGCUGCUCAUGUUUGGAGAAAAGGAGGGGUGGUUGAUGUGGUUACUUUCCCUAAAUGUUUCCAUCUCUAUGACCGUGUUGGCAAACCAAGGGUUGUUCAUGAUGAGAGGCAUAGUGUCAAGCGAAUCCCUGCAGUCUUAGAGCUUUGUAUACAAGCUGGCAUAGACAUCCAAAAGUACCCUUCAAAGAGAAGAACAAAGCCUGUGUAUUCUAUUGAAGGUAGAAUUGUAGAUUUUGAGUCAGUGGCCGGAAUGGAUGAAAUAGAGAGCAACUUCUUUUGGGAGAAUCUUGAUGGUUCCGGAACUGGUGAAUUGACAAGGGAUUCAAAUUCGGAGCUAAAUGAUGAAGAAAAGAACUUAACGGAGUUAAGUAUAAGGGCUAUGGAUUCAUGGUUUGAAAUGAUUACAGGACUGAAAAAGAUCAUGGAGAAGUACAGUGUGUGGACGUGUGGCUAUUGCCCAGAGGUUCAGGUUGGUCCUAAGGGACACAAAGUUAGGAUGUGCAAAGCCUCGAAGCACCAGUCUCGAAAUGGUCUGCAUGCCUGGCAAGAAGCGACUAUUGAUGAUCUUGUUAGGCCUAAUUAUGUCUGGCAUGCCCGCAAUCUGAAUGGUCCUCCUCCGCAUAAUGAUUUGAAGAGAUAUUACGGUAAAGCCCCAGCUGCGGUGGAGCUAUGUGUUCAGGCUGGUGCACCUGUUCCAGAUCAGUAUAGGAGUAUGAUGAGAUUAGAUGUGGUUCCUCCUGAACGCGAUGAAGUUGAUCUUGUGGCUUGAAUCGCUCUUUUGUUCAGAUGUAUUCCAUGCAUUAUUUAAAGAGCUACUGACAUCACCCUUUGGUCCUGGAUUACAGCUGAAUAUAUUUGUUGUAUUGGAUUUGCAACUAACCGAGUUUUGACUACUUGGUCCUCAGGUUUUCAGAUGUGAAAUGGCAUCAGGCGGCUCGGUUCAGGUUGCUAAUGAGUUAUUUUCAUCCCCAUAUUCUUGAGAUGAGCAUAAGGGAGCUUUAUGGCUCUGUUUGAGCAUUACAUUUGUUGUAAUAGAGACCCAUUUCAUAUACCAGGUGGGUCAAUUUUCCUCCUCAUAGCUCUCCUUAGUUUUGUAGUUUCCGAUGAUGUUUCUUUCUCUCUUGUUUGGGUGAAGGUUAAAAGGAAAUUGAAAUCACAAAGAUAUAAUUCCUAUUAUUUGGGGCCUAAGAUGUACAGGAAUCUUGUUGAAUUGGAAGUUCAAUGAUCCUGAAUAUUGCUAGUAAAAAUCCUACCUAUUAUUAUGAUAUUCAAGUCUCUAUUCAUUUA